AUGAAACUCACCACCAUAAACCAACCACCAAAAGUAAAUCACCUCGAGAAAAACAUGACAGGCACACAGGCGAACAUGACAGAAUUCAUUAAAGAAAAGGCUAUUGCGGCCGAUUUUACGCCUGUACGGUUUAAAUUUGACGACUAUUUAGAAAGACACCAUCAGUUUGACUACUCAGCACGUUACGACGCCCAUCAGAAUGCUCGAGAAAAUGGCUCAAAAAUGGGCAGUGUCGUAUGCAAGCAUUGGCUGAGAGGUCUCUGUAAAAAAGGAAAUCAAUGUGAGUUUUUGCAUGAAUACAAUCUAAAAAAAAUGCCUCCUUGUCAUUUCUAUGCGGAAAGAGGUUGGUGUUCCAAUGGCGAAGAGUGUUUAUAUCUGCAUCUUGAUCCCAGUAAGCAAGUUGGCGUCUGUGCUUGGUACAACAUGGGCUUCUGUCCCUUGGGUCCCAUUUGUCGAGGAAAACAUGUUAGGAAGGGGCCUAUCUGUGAACGAUUCCUUGCAGGCUUCUGUCAAUUAGGGCCCAACUGUCCUCAUCCUCACCCUAAACACAUUGAGCCCAUGCACCCUCCUCAAAAGAGAAAAGAGUAUUAAAGGGGGGCACUCAACCCGGGAGAAAGUUUGGUUCAUUAGAUCAAAGUUCUUACUACUUUUUUUCUGCUUUCUUUUAGGUCCUUUUUCCUUCCCUUUCACUUUAUCCCCCUUCGACAACCUUCGUUUUGAUUUCCUACAAAAUUGAUGCAACCAAAAAAUCGUGUUUUCAUUUUAACGAAUUUUACGUGAUCCUCCUCUAUGCAGAAUUAUGUUAUCGUUCCGGUCGCUGUAACCAACUCUGCACAAAAAACGUAGUUUCUUAUUUGUAAUUAUUUGCUAUAUACAUACAGUGCCGCACAGAACAUUUAGUUGCUAGUAAGAAGGCCGCCUUGUACAAAUUGCAUCGAAUUGCGUUGCUUUUACGAUCUCUUGCACUUUAAAUAUG